UGUGAACAACCAAAAGAGAUCUCACCACAGAUCAGAUACCAGGUCUGACCGCAGCCGGGCUUAUCAAAACUGUUUUUCUCUGGGAUAAGCGCGCAGACGCGCUGACGCAUCAUCAGCUUUUUGGUUUAUGGAUUAACUCGCUGCUGAAGGAUUCCGAUCUGGACACGUCGCUUCCGCCCGAACAAAAGCAUUCCCGUGAAGCUACUGCCAAGAUUUUCCUGAAUUGAUUUGCAUGCACGCCUGUGCGUAACACAGCCCGUGUUGGAGAAGGGUGGGCGUGCCGCACACGAGGAUAUCAAAGCCUGUGCCAGCCACAAAAACGCGCUUUUUUACUUGUAGCUACUCAGUUUGGUAAAAGUCUAUGCGCUCAAAGACAACAUGCUUGUGCUGCGGGGGUUUGCGCUUCUUUUUCUGUUUUUAGAGCCACACUUACCCCUGGCCUCUGCUGCGCCAGGCAGAGCGCACAGGGACGGAGCUGCUAUCGCCGGCUCUGGAAAGUUCUCCUCUGCUGAUAAGAUGCAGUGCAAAUGGAACACGCGAAACGCAGGACCUGCGGUGAUCCUGCGGGUCACGUGCGAACCUGCGGGAACCAAGAUCCCCAGCCGCAGCUGUGAAUACACCGCCAAACCACAGAGCUGCCCGGGAUACCAGUCCGACCCCAAAGGCUUCUGGAAACAAGUUGGCCGAGCGCUCAAACGUCUGAAAGGCAAACUGUGCGAAGACGAGCGCGCGCUGGUAAAAGCCGGCAUGUGCAAAAGUGAGCCACGGGAUGCGCACUUUAAGCUGGACACCCGCAGCUCUCCCACUGCCGCUCAGCCCAGAGAACCGGAUAAUUCCACGGCACCUCCGGGACUGCGCACCACCCCUGUCGGACCGACCGCGUGCGCAAAACGCGCGGAUCACCGCAAAACAGCCGAGGAGUACUGCGGCAGCUCGUGGAGCAGUUUUUGCGCUUUUUUCUUUUCCAUGCUGCAGAGUGAGGACUGCUAGAUGAAAAUAGAUGAGUCUGCAGGAACAGAUGUUACAUUUGACAGAAUAGUCUUGGUGACCUUCCAUAAAGUCAAUUACUAGUUUGCCUCUUGGCAGAGCUGUUGUACAACUUUUCUUUGAAGUGUAGUAAUUUAUUAGCAGCAUGAAGAUGCUUUAGAAGUAACACUGUUUUUCUCACAACAACUUUCCUGCGUAGAAUUACCUUUUUUUUGUUGGUAAUACAAGGUAUGAGCCUCAGUUUGGUGAUGUCUUACUUUGCUGUCUGGUGUAUUUAACUUUGCUCCAGAUUUGAAGAUCGUCCUCUCUCAAUGUUUUAUUUUAUUUUAUUAUAAACUCUUCACAGUCUAAACUGUAUGCAAAAAGUGCUCUUUUAUAAUUAAAAUGCUGUUACCCCUUUCAACAUUUUCAAAACAUGGUGCUUUAUUUUUAUAUUCUCCAAAUAAAAAGUUUUUCUUAAUGGACCAUUGAAACUUUUACUGUCAGCAUGUGUUUUUAUUUCAGUAUGUCUUCAAACUUUGCAUUUUUGGACAAAACAAU